GGAAGGACCAGCAGUUCCCCAGGGUCAUACACUUUAUUUAUUUGAUAUAGGCUACCACAAGUCACAUUAAUAUUUAAACAAUUUAUUCUUUUUUUGUCCCAGAUGCUGAAGCGUUCUGUAAAUACUCAGUAAACUUUGUAAAAACAGUUUGUGUUUGGUCUCUUUGUGUCUCCACACAGAUCGAUACUUCAAUAUUUAAUGUUAGUUAAAAUUAUAUUAUAUAUAUAUAGCUUUUUUCUUUUUUUGAGUGUGGCCCAUUUUUGUAUGUGAUACAACAUAUAGUACAUCUAUUAAAUGAAAGAUCAACCUACGCAGUUACUCAGUGUUUUAUUAGGCCAUAUGGUUCCUGAGUGAAGAUCCAGUGGGUUUCCCUUUUUAGCAGAUGUUUAAUCGGAUGUCGUCCCCUCAGGUCGGGUGUAACCCUCUCUGUGCCCAUGGAGAGGCAGCUGAUCCGUGCUUCUUCUUUUUUUUUUUAUGUAAAAUUAUAACACAAUACAUCCUCCCAUGCCUCAUGUCCACAAAAGAACGGAAUCAUCUACAUUAAGAUGAUAAAAAAUAAUGAAAGUGAAUCCAUUCAGCUAUUUUAAUGUCAUAGUGGUGUAACUGAAACAUAGUGAAAAGGAAGCUUAUAGAGGCUGCCUCUUUAUUAGACUGUGUAUAAAACCAUAUUUAGUAAAGCCUCCUUUUCUGUGGACAUGUUGUGGAAUAGCACACUCACAUAAAAGCUGGACUUGAUGCGUCAUAAUAUUUUAUUACUGUGUUGUAUGAAUCAUGCAGAGAACACGGAGCCCGCGCUGAGAGCCAGUGCAGAUUUUUGUGUGAUUUCAGCUCAAAUGAAUCUGUGUGUUCUCGUACUGAACUAUCAGUACCCUACAGCCUCAUAUUGCUUUACGUUUAACUGUCGGCUGUUCUCGGUUCCUUCUCGUGCCUCAUCGGUAUUCCUAGGCAAUCCUCGGCGCGCGCCCCCAGUCCAGCAGCAGCAGCAGCAGCAGCGGCGGCGGCGGCGGCGGCACGCGCAUCUCCAGAGAGAGGACAGGGCAUCCGCAGAGCCGGAGACGCUUCUGCGCGGACCUGGAAUCACGCCAUGAGCCCACACCGUGUGUGAUGGAGGUGAUGUUUCUGUAGGAGCCGCUACCUUAGACUGCUGUGAGGAGAAUCAUCAUCAUCAUCUCCACCAUGAAGCUGCUGUUUGUGGUCACCCUCUUAUGGCGCGAGGCGCUGUGCGGAUCUCCGAGCGUCCAGAUCGGGGGCCUGUUCCCGAGGGGUGCAGAUCAGGAGUACAGUGCGUUCAGAGUCGGCAUGGUUCAGUUUGGGAUGGCAGAUUUCAGACUGACUCCUCACAUAGAUAACCUGGAGGUGGCCAACAGCUUUGCUGUCACUAACUGCUUUUGUUCCCAGUUCUCUCGAGGCGUCUACGCCAUCUUUGGCUUCUACGACAAGAAGUCGGUGAACACCAUCACCUCCUUCUGUGAGACGCUUCAUGUCUCCUUCAUCACACCUUCUUUUCCAGCAGAGGGGAUGAAUCAGUUCGUUCUCCAGAUGAGGCCGGACAUCAAGGGCCCGCUGGUGUCAUUAGUGGAAUACUACAAAUGGGAGAAGUUUGCCUACUUGUAUGACAGUGACAGAGGUCUUUCUACUCUUCAGGUCAUAUUGGACACUGCAGCAGAGAAGAAAUGGGUGGUCACAGCCAUAAAUGUAGGAAACUUGAAGGAUGAGAGGAAGGACGAAGCAUACCGUUCGCUGUUUCAGGACCUGGAGAUCCGUAAAGAGCGACGCAUCAUCCUGGACUGUGAACAAGACAAAGUUAAAGACAUCAUGGAGCAGGUCAUCACUAUAGGCAGACAUGUGAAAGGAUACCACUACAUCAUCGCCAACCUGGGUUUCGUAGAUGGUGACCUCUCUAAGAUCCAGUACGGAGGAGCGAAUGUGUCUGGGUUCCAGAUCGUAGACUUUGAUGAUCCUGUGGUGGCGAAGUUUGACCAGCGAUGGGAGGCUCUGGAGGAGAAGGAGUACCCUGGAGCUGACUCACGGAUCAGAUAUACCUCAGCUCUCACCUACGACGCCGUCCAUGUGAUGACUGAGGCCUUCCGCUUCCUUCACAAGCAGAGGAUAGACAUGAGUCGUCGUGGCAACAAUGGGGACUGUCUGGCCAAUCCAGCAGUGCCGUGGGCACAGGGGGUGGAGAUUGAACGUGCCCUCAAACAGGUGCGUGUAGAUGGUUUAACUGGGAACAUUCAGUUUGACCAGUAUGGGAAGAGAGUCAACUACUCUGUGACCGUCAUGGAGCUGAAGAACAAUGGACCUGUGAAGAUCGGCUAUUGGAAUGAGGUGGAUAAGAUGGUGGUGACAAAGUCAGACCUGUACCCUAAUGACACCAUGGGAAUGGAAAACAAGACGGUCAUUGUUACAACUAUACUGGAAGCCCCCUAUGUCAUGCUGAAGAAAAAUGCUGAGCUGUUUCAAGACAAUGACCGUUAUGAAGGUUACUGCGUUGACUUGGCUGCGGAGAUUGCAAAGCACUGUGGUAUACGCUACCAGCUAAGGAUUGUGGGAGAUGGCAAAUACGGAGCUAGAGACGCAGAGACGAAGAUCUGGAAUGGUAUGGUUGGAGAGCUGGUGUAUGGGAAAGCAGACAUUGCAGUUGCUCCCCUGACGAUCACGCUCGUCCGUGAGGAGGUGAUCGAUUUCUCCAAACCCUUCAUGUCUCUGGGAAUCUCCAUCAUGAUCAAAAAGCCACAGAAAUCCAAACCUGGAGUCUUCUCCUUUCUGGACCCGCUGGCCUAUGAAAUCUGGAUGUGCAUUGUCUUUGCCUAUAUAGGAGUUAGCGUUGUACUCUUUCUGGUAUCCAGAUUCAGCCCCUAUGAGUGGACUUUAGAGGAGCCGGAGGACGGAGCGUUGCCCCUAACAACCGAGUCCACUAAUGAGUUUGGGAUCUUUAACUCCCUCUGGUUCUCUUUGGGCGCUUUCAUGCGACAAGGUUGUGACAUCUCACCAAGAUCUCUGUCAGGUCGUAUAGUGGGGGGUGUGUGGUGGUUCUUCACUUUGAUCAUCAUCUCAUCAUACACGGCCAACCUGGCUGCCUUCCUGACCGUGGAGAGGAUGGUGUCUCCCAUUGAGAGUGCUGAGGACCUGGCUAAACAGACAGAGAUCGCAUAUGGCACCCUGGACUCUGGAUCCACCAAGGAGUUCUUCAGGCGCUCUAAAAUCGCCUUGUUUGACAAGAUGUGGCAGUACAUGAAGUCAGCAGAACCCUCCGUCUUCGUCAAGAAGACGUCGGAGGGUGUCCUGCGUGUCAGGAAGUCCAAAGGGAAGUACGCCUACCUGCUGGAGUCCACCAUGAAUGAGUACAUCGAGCAAAGGAAACCCUGUGACACCAUGAAAGUGGGAGGAAACCUGGACUCCAAGGGCUACGGCAUCGCCACGCCCAAAGGAUCACCAUUAAGAAAUGCGGUGAACCUGGCGGUGUUAAAGUUGAACGAGCAGGGGCUGCUGGACAAACUGAAAAACAAGUGGUGGUAUGACAAGGGAGAAUGCGGCAGCGGAGGAGGGGAGAGCAAGGAGAAGACCAGCGCUCUGUCUCUUAGUAAUGUAGCAGGGGUCUUCUACAUCCUGGUUGGAGGUCUGGGUCUGGCCAUGAUGGUGGCUCUGGUGGAGUUCUGCUACAAGAGUCGCGCUGAGGCCAAAAAAAUGAAGAUGAAAUUCACAGAUGCAAUGCGCUCCAAAGCUCGUCUGUCCAUCACAGGAUCGACCAGUGAGAAUGGCCGUGUCCCGGUGGCUUACCUCCGUCCAGGAUUACCCAUGAGCCUCAGCAUGACUGAUCUCUCCUGACCACACCUGAGUCAGUGCCUUACAGCCAGUCCAGACACAUAGUUCCUUCCCCUCUGAAAGUAAACGGAAACGCUUGUCAUCUUCUUCAGUGACACAUCACCAUCACUGAAGCCGAUCAGCCCUGAUUUUCAAUCUGGAGUUUAGCCAAUCACAUCUCUCUGAGGACUCCUGAUCUCACUCUGUACAUCUAGCCUAGAAAGACUGGACCAAUGUCGUCCGCACACCACUUGGCUGUCAGGCGUCAGCAAAGACCUGCCCACCUAUGGAGUGAAUCUCUUGACCAUCAGCGAGUGAUGGCUGCUCAUUUACAAAUUCAUGAAACACAAGCACAGGGGACAGUUUUCUAAACCAACAUGCAUCAUUGUUUAGUAGAUUUUUUGCCAUGGAGGCUCAUCUUGUAUAGAAUUAUUAGGACAACAGUGAUGCUGACGUUAACGCAAUAACAGCAUUAACCUGGGAUGUGAUCAGGAAUCAUGGGUAUAAAGUGAGUGCAAGUGCUACGAACAAAAACUGACAUCCUGAAAAAUCACAUCCAUGAAAUAAUAGUAAUUGUGAUAGCAGAUAAUGAUAAUGAUGUUAUUAUUCCUGAUUGUUUUCCUUUUUCUGCCUGAAAAUCCCUAAUUAGUAGAGACUUUUACCAGACCCAAGAGAUGCAUGGACUGGCGCACGCACACACACACACACACACACACUCACACACACACGCACACACACUAUACACAGGGCUGGGCAGACAACAAGUGUGUAUGUGUAUAAUUUUGAAAUUUACGUUAUUAGAAAAUAAUAAGGAUUUCUGACUUUGGCGACACCUAGUGGUCACAUCAAAAACACCAGACGAAAUCACUGAGAGCCACUGGGUUAAAACAACACAGAGACUGCACAGUUUUCACUGGGAUGGACUUGGAUUUAGUCCCAGUCAGUAUUUGUGGGUGAGAAAAGGAUAUUCAAUCCUGGGAACCGCACUUUGACCCCUGGUGGUUCAUAAGGGAAGUGUGAGGUGUAGGUCAGAGGAGGAGCUAGAAGGAGCACGCUGUCAGUAGAAGUUAACUGUAGUGACGUUGUAAGGUUACAGCCGACCUGGCAUGAGUUAAAACACGAACACAACAGGUUCCACUAGUGGAUCUGUUCACUUUCAGGUCAGUUUCAGGCCCUUUUACAGGUAAGGAUUCAGUUAUUUUCCAAUAUGAUCCUGACAUGUUGUACGUGGACACACACCCACUCUUGUGCAAUCAGGUAAAGAGACAGUGUAGCUGUACAUUUGCCAGGUGAGUGAACGCUCUGUGAUGGAUGAAAUGAAGCGACCAAUGGGGAUCAGUCAGAACCGACCUGAGCAGCGGCUAGGGGGGCAGAAACUGUAGUCAUGGUCAUGAAUGGUUUCAUCCCAAAAAACUACACCUGUGGCUGCUGUUUACACCAUGGAUCUGAAUGAUUUGCUAAAAUCAUAAAUAGUUUUUAUGUUCCGUUGAUGUCACAUGUCACAUCGUGUUUUAGGCAAAUGUUUAAUGUGCUGGACCUGCAGCAGCAGUUUGCUUCCAUACUGGACACACUGGAUGUUGCUGCACUGCUCUGCAUGGAUACAAAAUGAUAUCACAUGCAUUCACUGCUCAUUCAUUUACUGAACAGGGACAACACUAAUAAAUCCUGUUACACUGAAUGCAGCAGAUGUAAUGCAGAAAGUAUUUCAUGAUGUUCAGAAAAAGGUGCUGGACUUCUACAGAGUCAGUGAACCUGCGUAUCUUGACCUUUGGUCUCUAUUAUCAGUCAAGCUCCAAAAACACACAGUCCUGCAGUUCCCAUAAUACAACAGUAUUACUUCAUAUGCCCCUUUGUGACUGGUAAAUCCCUACAUCUAUCAAACUCUCUCUGUGUUCCUGGUUUGUGGCACAGGCUAUUAAUAUAGUAGUCCCGUCAAACCCAUCAUCUAACAGCUCACAGAAGUGUUUCUGAUCCCUGUGGGUUGUUUGAUGUUUGCAGGUCAGAGGAGCCUCAUCUGACUUUACUCUCUGUUCAGACAGACGCCGCUCUCUUCCCUGACAGAUUUUAUGCUUCAUGAGACCUUCGCAGUGUAUUCAAUCAUCGGAUGUCGAGGCUCUGGCACCUUUUAAAUUAUGCCUUUUCUAUCCUGGAAAAACUAAAAAACCAGCUAAUGUUUCAAUUUUCUCUUUUCACAAUCAGUUCAAAUCUCACAGAAGAACUGACUUUAUUCAAACCAGUACGACUGUUCGUGUUCAUCCCCACUGUCUCUGAAACACCUUUAAAAGAACAAUAUGCAUGUUUUUACUAUUGCUACAUAGCUAACGAUAGCACUAACUGCUGUUUACUCACCAGUCUAGAAGAAACAUUAUGAGUUCAGCAUCAAACUUCAGCCCUUUACUCACCAACAGCUGUCUCCAGAGGUGGAAACAAACACCAAUGUUAACUCUUGUUUUGUUUCUAUUUCUUACUAGCUAGCUCUCUGAUAGUGAGUCAAGAUGAUGUGGCUGCUCAGAGGACAUAUUGUAACCUCUUGUAUUAUAAGGACAAUGAUGGCUGAAGCUCAUGUCAGGUGACAUCACCUCCACCUGCUCCUGUCAAGAAACUACAUUCAGCAGCAGAGACAACUUACAUAUCGGUCCUUUAAAGGAUGUAUAAUGAACAACCUUAUCAUCACAUUUAAAUAAAACACUAAAUCAGGGCCUUAGAAUCUGAGUUCACUUCAGUUAAACGUUUGUGAAAAUCUCCUGGCCUCAUUAAAGAACAAAAGGGUCAGCAAGUAGAUAACUGACUCAGAACAUGAUCAGUCAGAGAUCUGAGUUGUGUCCCAGUUCAGGAUCUCAUCCUUUGAGGCUGCAUCUGAAACCGAAGUUCACCUUAUGGCUAGACUGUCUCAUUUCAAAGAGUCCUUCUUUUCCUGGACCACGAAGGAUCCAAGAGGUGGAUCCUUUGUUGCCCAGUAAUGAAAGCAAACACCACCACAGAGACUGAGGAUUACACCCAUAAAUAUAAGUAUUGGUAAAAGUAAGUAUUUCAGUUCAAUUUACGUCAGUGACCCCUGAAAUGGGACACAGCUAUAGACAAAUCCAUCCAAGAUUAAAUGUUACGAUUGGAUGAACAUAUUUUGAAACUGUUAGAUGAGACGAUGUGACAUCACUAUGACAUCACCAGGGUUAUUUUUUUCUGACUUGACAACUCUCCUCCAGAGCCACAGGAGACAUGACACCUGAUUGAUGGUGUGCCACUUUAAAUACAGGUUUAUAUAAAUUACUGCCCAUCUCUGUCUAUAGGUCAACACACUAACACAACAACACACACACACAUGCACACACACACACACACAUUCCUAAUUACCUACAGUACAUCAGUACUCACUGACACACAUUAUAUCAGAUACACACUUCUUUGUACGCACACAUGCACACAGUGUUGUCAUACGAGUUCAGAAAGCCAACCGGAAGAUGUGCCAAACAGACUGAGAACCAAUCAGAGCUCUCCAUGCUCAGCCAAUGGCAGCUGCUGAUACUGAAACCUGAGCCAAUAGGGAGCUCUCACUGCUGUGAGGUGGAGAAGAAACUGUGAACAAAAAUAUUUCUUUUAAUAAAAAUACUGCACUGAUGAUGAUGAUGAUGAAGAGGAGGAGGAAGAUGAGGAUGAAGAGAACGUUUGCAUGUCACUUUGAGUUUUUUCUUUCAGAUGAACUUGUCAGCCUGAAGCUUUGUGCCUGGCUGCAUUUUAGUGUUUAAUAAUGAUAGUAAUAAUAAUGAUAUUAACAAUAUUAAUUGCAGUAUAAAUGUGGUUCUUGUUACGUAUAGUGUAUGCUUUUAAGAACUCAAGUCUGCUAUUUUCUUUCACCAGGAAGCUGUUAUUUGUGCUGCUAGUUAGAAGCUAGCUGGUUAGCUGACAAACUUCUACAACAUGAUAAAGACGUGACAAACGCCAGGUAAUGAGAAGCUGAAAAUGUCAAGGUAUCUGCUUCCAUUUCCUCUCAUGGAUUCAUAUCAGUUUUGCAAUGACCACAUGUGGUAACUCUCAUCAGAUUUUCAUGGUGUUACAAUCAAGUUGAAAUGAUUUACCACAGAACGGCUCCCAGACACGUCAACCACUGAGAGAAAUGUGCAAAUGAUCACUCUUCACUUUGCCUCUGGUACAAUUUCAUUUUCUAUUAAAUUCAUCAAUUUUGAUCAAAAUCUUGAGAGUUGUUUUUUCAACAGAGCAAAUGAAGUCUUUGAAAAAUGGGACACCCCAAAAAUCUGCUACUGAAGCUCCUGUCAGACUGCAUUUAUCUCUCUGGGGAAAUGUGAAGAUUUUAAUCCUGUCCAGAGUGACGUCUGCCUGUUUCUACUGUUUUAUAUACACAUGUAUCAUUGGCUGGACCACAAAAGCAGGACCAGCCCUAUGAUCUCAACUGACUGACUGACUGACUGACUGACUGACUGACUGACUGACUGAUCAUAUUUCCACCUCACUGAGUUGGAGUUUCUGGAUCAAACAGGUUAUAUUAGGGGGUGUUUACAGCUGCAGUGUGAAAACUUUGCUAAUUGUCUCUAGAUUUGUCUCUAGAAGAGACUUUUUUCAAACAGACUGGGUAUAAACCUGGUUCAGGUCUGGACCAUGUGUAGAUGGUGUCCAGGGACUUAGGGCUACACCUCUUGUUAUAGGCAGUCUACCGAGCCGCUCUGGUUUCCCUGCUGCUCGGGAACUGCAGGGAAGAGGAGGAGCACUUCCAACACACUGAGCCUCUCCUCCAUUACAGAAAAUAAACUAUUUUCAUUACAUGUAUCAUUAUUACUAAAGGAGGCAGAGAGAGCAGGAGAGAGGGAGGGAGAGAGAGAAGUCAUCAGUAACUGCUAAAGAAACUAGCAGAUCUGAAUAGCAUGUAAAGAACAGAAACACCAGCAACAGCAAAUGAGACAAUACACUUAAGUUACAGGAAGUGAGUUUGUAUUAACAUGUAAUGCAAAAACACCACUCAAUUCUACAAAUCAGACAGAGGCAGUUAGACAUAAAGACCUGCCUCUAAUAAAAGUCUGUUACGUUUUGGAGUUGAAGUGAAUAAAGACCCAAUUAUUGUGGAUCCCAGACGGAGGCUGUGCUCUGUGUGAGAGACAUUGUGACCUCUAACUUUCUCUUUGAGUGAUCAUUGUACAGUAAAUACAGUUGAAAUCACAGCUCAGUUUGUCUUUGUCUUUCAUUUAUGUGUUUGUUGAUUUUGUCAGACGACAUCAUGGUUAUAGAACUAGGAAUUGACCAGAGCUGGUCCGGACAUAUACAAGGUUUAGACCUGGUCUUGUUUUCAUGAAGUCUGUGCAGCACCAAUAAAUGUUAAAUGAUUAAGAACUGUAUAAUCUCACAAUAACUGUAUUGUCUUUAACUUAAAGUGCAGGUAUUUGAUGUAUAAUUAAAAACAAAGGUCAGACAAAGUUCAACCUCACUGUAACACAGGUGGUCACACUUCAAAUUAAAGCUAACUGGUGAACAAGUUCUAGAAGAA